AUGGACGUCCUCACCUCAGCCUUCAGCCUCUCCUUCUCGCUCACCAGCCUCCCCGCCUACGCCUCGGUCGCGCUCAUCGCGCUCGUCGUGCUCUACGCCCGCUCGCUCGCCGCAUGGCAGACGCGCGCGCGGGGCCGCCCUCUCCCCCCCGGCCCGCGCGGACUCCCGCUCGUCGGCAACCUGUUCGACAUGCCCCGCGUCCGCCCGUGGGAGGGCCUGCGCGAGCUCAGCGCGAAGUACGGAAACAUGAUGACGCUCCAGAUGCUCACGCAGCGGAUGGUCAUCCUGGGCAGCGCCGAGGUCAUGCUCGAGUACCUCGAGAAGAAGUCGGCGACGUCGUCAGACCGCCUGCAGAGCCCGAGCUUGCUCCUAACGGGCAAUGGGGACGCGUUCGGGUUCAUGCGGUACGGUCCGCGGUGGCGCGCCAACCGGAAGCUCUUCUCGCAGUUCUUCAACCCGACUGGGAUCGUCAAGUACCGCGACGCGCAGCGCGCCGUUGCGCACGAGCUGCUGCAGCGGCUCCUCGCCGACCCGUCUACGGAGCACCGCGACAGGCAGGUCGAGUUCUCCAUUUCGAGCAUGCUCCUGCGGAUUGUGUAUGGCAUCUACGCCUCCGAGGAGGACCAAGCCAUCCUCGCGGUUGACGCCGGGGUGCGCGGCACGCGCGAGGUCAUCCUCGCCGGCGGUUUCAUCAUCGACUACUUCCCGGUCCUGCAGCACCUCCCCUCCUCGUUCGUUCCGGUCCAGCGCAAGUUCGCGAAAUGGCGGGGGGCGCUGGAAAGAAUGACGACGCUGCCGUUUGCGCAGUUCAUGAGCCAGGAGAUUAAACCGGAAUGCGUCCUCAAUGACAUGCUCGCUGUCGUGGACAAAGGCGCCAAGGCUGAUCUCGAGGCGCAAGGUCUCGCCCGAGACGUCGCUGCGGUGGUCUUCUCUGCGGGCGUUGAUACCACUGCAUCAACCAUGAAGUCUUUCUUCCUCGCGAUGGUCCUUUACCCCGAAGUGCAGAAGAAGGCGCAGGCCGAGCUCGACGCCGUCGUCGGUCCCACGCGGCUCCCCGACUUCAGCGACCGUCCCUCCCUGGUGUACAUCAACGCCAUCAUCCGUGAGAUGUACCGCUGGAUGCCGGUUCCUCCGAUCGCUGUACCGCACCUCACGACGGAGGAUGAAGAGUUCGGUGGCCACUUCAUCCCUAAGGGCACGCUGCUGGUGCCGAACGUCUGGGCAGCUCUACACGACCCGGAGGCUUACGAGCGCCCCGAUGACUUCGUCCCUGAGCGGAUCUGCCCCGGAAUGUACUUCGCGGAGGCCGUCUUCUUCAUCAACAUCGCCAUGAUCCUGCACACCUUCAACAUCACUCCGCCGCUCGACGAAACGGGCCACGAGAUCAAGAUUAUCCCACGGAUGGGGGACGGUAUCGUUUCGAUCCCGGAAGAUAGCCGCUGUGCGCUCAAGUGCCGUUCAGCCCAGGCGGAGGCGCUCAUCAUGGCUGAGCUCGUUUGA